GACAGAACGGCCACAUCAACACAAAAGCGCGGGCUUUGGCCUACAACAUGGAGCUGGCUGGGCUGUACCUACUACCGGUAUACUGGGAACGACACUGUCAGGGCCCUGGCAGGGCCCUGUCCUGUACACGCUGAUCGUUUCCAAGGUACCCGUAUGCCUUGGAUGCCUCAAUGUCGUCCAAGGCAUGUUUCCAAGUGUACACCACCAGUAUAAGGUAGGUGGACAGGUACUGCUUGGCAGCUAGCUGGGCUGUACAUGUCGCUCUAGCUUCCUUGAAUGUACCGUAGAGCUCUGUGUACCAGCACCUCCCUUGAUUCGCCGAAUCGGAGGAUAUAGGGGAUCUGCCUGCUGCAUUCUCCCCAGCACACUUGCUGCAAGUUGCUCGAUCAAGUAAGCUCCCAGCUCUUCUUCCGCCCCUUAGCAUCCAGCUCAGCACUGCUCCUCCGCUCGCCACCUGAGCUGAUCCACCAGCAGGGCUUACCAUCACGAGCAUCGUGCACAGCAGAGCCGCCAGGAAUUGGCGCUGCAAAGGUAGUCUACUCCGGUCCAGCAGGCUACCCUUCCGCAGUACAGCGGUGCAGCAAGUUCUUCCAAACCCACAUUCUGGGAGCCGAGUCAAAAAGUAAAGACGAGAAAUCAACUAGACAGGCAGCAAGAUGGACGCCGUCUGCGCAAGGCAGACAUUUGGCGGUGUGGUGCGCCAGCCAUUUGACACCGUGAUGAGCGGCUCCCGGCCUGGGAGGGCUCUGGCGGCCCCGACAAUCAUGGGCGGUGUCAACUUAGAGCGAGCUGCCAAUAGCUCGUUUGUAGGACUUCCAAUGGGGGCUAUCGCUCAAGGAUCUGCCAGCCUAUCAAGGGCGCCUAAAGUGCAGCAGCCUAGUGCGGUGGCAACUCCUCCACGCCCCUUUGUUGAGGCGCAGCCACUCCCUGACCUUAGGGAGGCUUCUGUUCUUGACAGCGGGCUGACUGGUGAACUGGGGUCAGGCCUCAAGGGUCUCCACACAGGAAAAUUUACGGUCCAGGCAACCCAGCCCAUCAUGUAUAGCGUAGAGGAGUGCGAGGAUCUCCUCAACCCUUCCAACAUGGCCUUGCUGUCAGGCAUCGUGCCCAACACGUUCCCGCCCCAGGUGGCCCCUUACACCAGGAGUGCUGGCAAGCAGCUGAGAAGACUGCUGGUUGUUGAUGAGAACUGGUACCGGUUGCACGGUGCCAAGCUAGACAAGUACUUGGAGCACCACCGGGUAGAGAGCAAGAUCAUCCAGCUGCCGUUCUGCGAGGCCAACAAGAGCUUCGACCUCGUGUUCGAGGUUGCUCAGCAGAUUGAGGACUUCAAACUGCACAGGCGACGGGAGCCACUGAUUGCCAUCGGAGGUGGGGUGUGUUUGGACGUCGUGGGGCUGGCGGCGAACCUGUACCGACGAAACACACCCGUCAUUAAGAUCCCGACCACUCUGAUGGCCGUUGUCGACGCGUCGAUCGGCGUGAAGACUGCUGUCAACUUCCACAACAAGAAGAACAAGCUGGGCACAUACUGCCCGCCGCUCGGUGUGUUUUACGACCGCGCGUUCCUGAAAACGCUGGACGACCGCCACCUCAGCAACGGCGCCGCGGAGAUUCUGAAGAUGGCCGCCAUUAAGGACGCGCCGCUCUUCCACAUGCUCGAGCAGCACUCGGCGCAGCUCAUUGCGUCCAGAUUCCAGACGCCCGCUGCGCGCCUUGUGCUGCGGCGGUCCAUCCAGGGUAUGCUGGAGGAGCUCGAGUGCAACUUGUACGAGCACGUGCUGACACGUGUCGUCGACUACGGCCAUACGUUCUCCCCCGAAAUUGAGAUGGCGGCGCUAGAGACCAACGACGAACUGCUGCACGGCGAGGCGGUCAACAUCGACAUGGCGCUCACCACCGAAAUCGCCCACCGGCGCGGCUACAUCACGGCCGACCACAAGCGCCGCGUGUUCGCCAUCAUGCGCGCGCUUCGGCUGCCCUUCUGGCACGCCUCCGUCACCCCGAAACUGCUGAUCAAGGGGCUCCGCGAUAUGACUAUCGCGCGCGAUGGCCUGCAGCGGGUGCCGCUGAUGAGCGGUAUCGGCGGGGCGCGUUUCGUCAACAACCUGAGCGACGACGAGGUGUUCGCGGCCGCGGCCGCGCUCCAGCACUACGCACAGAGCCUGGAAUGCCCAGAGGCGAUUGACGGCUUGAGCCCGUUCUUCGACAUGGACCAUUUCCCCUCCCCUGCCAUGCUGGCAAACUGAGCAAAGUACGGUCGGCCCCAGCUAGGUGUUAACUAGAGGGUCUUGCCAGGCCGCUUCUCGAGAGAGGAGAUGGGUUCCUGGUUCUCGCAUUCUUCGCGUCUUGACCUCGUCAAAUUGACGGGAAAGUAGUAGUAAAGCAGAAGAUUGUAUAUAACGGGGUAGAUAACUGACUACCAAUAUUGAUUGAGCGGGGAUGCAAUUUUGUCCAUCGAACACUGCAUCCUUACUCCCUGAAAAUCUGCGUCGUAGAGUAGUGAGGUUUGGAAGUAGGUUUAGGAAUGGACAAUCUCUUGCGCGCAAGUGUAAACAUACUGACAGUAAACGCCAUGUCUUGCUUCAAUGGCGCUAAUAAAUGCUUCGUCCCCAAGGAGGAAUCUUGUGAGAUCAGUUUCGAGCCGCUCUUAGCAAAAGUCUGCAUCAAUAAAUGCUUUUACGCCCAU